AUGCCAGCCACUAGUUUCUGUUCCAGUCUUCCGCCCCAUGUAUAUGAGUUGGCUCGGGCUUUUGCGGAGUCAAUCCAUUGUGGGCGUGGAAUGAAAAUCCUAACACUAGAAGUAAGCCGUGUAGCUCGGAAGGAAUGGGUGGCGACUCUCCUACCAAUUGUCACCCUGGCGGCUAGCCAAAUAGACUUGAUGGGGGAUCUGCGCAACCUCGUCCGCCCCAAGUUCUGCACGAACGUCCAAGUCGAAGAUAAACCAGCGCUUCACCGGCUUGGUCGAGUCGAAAUCCGCGGGGAUAUGGACGUGGUCGUAUCCAUGACGCAGGCAGAGAUGAUGACUCGCAUUGGGCUCUCCAUUGUGGUCCCAGUCCAUGAGGGUCCAAAAGCAAACGGUUCCCAUUUCUUGAAGAAACACUCUGUGCCUGAAGGGCCUCGAAGGAUGAUGAUUUGCAUUGACAGUAAAACCGGCCGGAUUAAUUUAUUGACCGGUCUCUCGUCUUUCAUUCAAGAUCUACUCUGUUUAAUCUCACUCCGUAACCGUUCCUCUCUUUCAGCAGGAUUUCGAUGGCGCUCUGGUGGUGUUUAA